AUGGCAACCACUAGCAAAUCGCAGAUGUGCGAUGUUUGCACUAGGCUGUUCGGUGGUCAUUGGGAACAGCGGAUCGUGAGUCGCGAUGGCGAAAUCGAAAAUGACCUAGGUCUUUCUCGUGGCAAGGGUGCAAACACCGUCGACAACGAUCCAGCCAUCUCGGAAUCUGGACAUCGUGAUGGUGUGCCACCGAUACCGGCGAGACCAGCGACACAACAACAAAGACGAAUGUGGCAGCAUCGUGAUGACCAUUCAACCAAGUUUGGUAACUUUAGACAUCAUAAUAUAUCCGGAUUGAAGAACUCUGCUGCUCACGGAUGCCAUCUUUGCAAUUUGCUACUGGAUCAACUACCGAUUUUCCAAACUGGUGGAGAGGGUGAAUUCCAUGAGACUUGGAAAUUUGCAGAAGACAAUCCACAGAAGAUGUUUGGCAUUGCUAGUAUCCUACCUCAUGGAGAAACCGAAGAUUCCUCUGGUCUUCUGCGCCUGGACGUGCUAUAUUUCCUUGACGGAGAUAUCUCAAAAAAGGGGAUCCGUCCAUGCUGGAUUUCCCUCUACCUGCUCCCUAUCUUUGCUCCCGAAAGCAUCCUCUCUGACGUUCACGUGCGAACAUUACCCCAAGUCGAUGCAUGGGUCAGUCAAUGUAGGGAAUCACAUUCCGAAUGCAAAGCAGUGUCUUAUUUUCCGCUCCGAAAGCCCGCACGGCUCAUCAACAUAGAGUCCCAAUCGUCCUCAAUUCCUUUACUGCAAAUAGUAGAUGGGUCUACCAUCCCCAAAGACGCAGAGUACAUCACCCUGAGUCAUCGUUGGGGUGGUACGAGAAUGCCGGUCCUUCGAAAUGAGAACGAAGCUAUGUAUCGCCGAAGCAUUUCUUGGGAACUACUCACGAAUACCUUUCGCGACGCCGUCAGCUAUACUCAAGCGCUUGGGGUAAAAUACCUUUGGAUUGAUGCAUUCUGCAUCAAUCAGGACAAAUUCAUCGAUUGGCUAGAAGAAGCAUUGUCCAUGGCCUCGAUAUUUUCGAAUGCUCUGGUGAACAUUGCAGCUACUUGUUCUUCAGAUGGAGAUGGUGGUUUGUUUUCUGCGAGCAACCCCUUCCUGAGUCGAGCAUUCACGGUGAAGACCCGCUGGGCAGCAGGUUUCCCAGCGCGUCAGUAUGCGGCAUUCGAUGGCGAUGCGUUUCAUACACGUGUAGAGAGUGCCGUGUUAAAUCACAGAGCCUGGGUCUUGCAGGAACGACUAUUGUCCCCUCGAACCGUUCAUUUCGCAGCUGAUCAGAUAUACUGGGAAUGUCGUCAUCUACGAGCCAACGAGACGUGGCCAGCCGGAAUACCAUUUGAAGAGACCGGUGCUGGCAGUGAGUCCAUCAUCUUUAAACGAUUGACACCAGACUCGGAGGACCAAACAAUACUGCGCUCCUGCUGGCGAAAGAUUGUAGGGAAGUACUCAGGAUGCUUAUUGACUGAGGAAUCGGAUAAGCUUAUCGCUGUCGCUGGCCUGGCCCAGGUGGUCCAACAAUAUAUGGGGUGCCCAGCUACGGAUUAUCUUGCUGGUUUUUGGAGACAUUGUCUUGGAGAAGAUCUGCUGUGGUCAACAGAAACUCGCAGGCAGGAACGAUACGAGACAUACCACGCACCAUCCUGGUCUUGGGCGUCCGUCAAGGGAAGUGUUGAUUGGAAAACCCCACGGCCACACUUUGAAGCAAGCGAGUCUUAUUCAUGGGAGGUGAAGAGUGCAAACGUACAGCUCAUUGAUGCAGAACGUCAUUUCGGGCCUGUGUUGUCAGGUUACAUUGAAGUUGUGGCAUCGUUAUGUCGCGCCGAGCUAGGCGCGGCCGACAAGAGGCAGAGAAGGCUGGAAUAUCUCACCAUCAACGGGCGCAGAUUCACUUGUGAUGAUACCCUGUCUGACAUCUUAGACGACCAUCGUCUGUACAGGCAGAUUCCGGAGUGGUCGGCCAACCAUACGGCCUAUGUUUGCCGGGUUUCAACCAUGGAUUCACGUCUCGAAGAAGGUCUAUGGGAGUCAGAUGGGCUCUUAUUGGAACGAAGCGCCCACUUGGACCAGGGCACCUACAAGCGACUAGGUUGGGUAAGACUCUUUCAUCGUGAAGCUGUGCAGGAGUUUGCCGAGAGCUGCCUUUUGGCAACGGAACUCAAUCGAGAUGAAUUCCUCUGGCGUGAAGUCGAUGGGAGAUAUGGCUUUCGCAUCAUCUAA